AUUUGUUCCCUCUGCCCUCUCCUGGUUAUCAAGCAAAGAAGAGCUAGCGAGAUGGAGAAUCAGCGAGAGUAUAGUUUCGGCGAGGAGGAAGGGGUGUUCCCGGUGUGGGACUACAGCGUCGGCGGUGAAGACGUGUUUUGGACUGCGGCGGCGCCGUUGAUGACCACAGAGUGGGAGACGGAGGUGAUGGCAUCCGCCCUGUGUCGGCCGGGAGUGUGCGGCGGCGGCGACGAGGAUAGCUUACUGAGUGAAUUCACGACGAUGGCGGAUCCGUUGUGGGAGAUGGAGGUGAUGGCGUCCGCCCAGAGUUGGCCGGUAGCGUGCAUCGGCGGCGAUGAGGAUGGUUUACUGAGUGAAUUGAUGACGGUUUAUGGUACCAUGGGAUCGUCGUCCUCCUCCUCACCGUGUUCCGCCGGCCAGAAGGGGGGCCGCCGUUCAGAAGAUGAAAAAGGCAAGAAGACUGCGAUUACUACUGGCCGCGGUGAAGGGGGCGGCUGGGGUAAGUUAGCCCGUAGUGAAGGAGAAGAAUUGAUGGCAUGUAUAAGCAGUACUGUUCCCCGUGGGAAAUUUGCAGCAGCUCAUGAGUACCGUGCACCGCCUGCUGCUGGAUCCUCAUCUCUGAGGAGAGAUGGUUCAAUCAAUACUAUUUCCACAGAAUGUGGUGGUGCAGCAGUGAAUCCCCCACUCGAAUUCCUAAACGACACAGACGGAGGAAUAAGAGAAAGAGAAAGAGAGGAGGGAAAUGUAGUAAUAGAAAAAGAGUAUAGAGUGCUAAGGAAGAAGCAACGGGACAAAUGGACGGCUAGAAUUAGAGCUCCCCACAAGCGUUACAGACUAUCUAGGCAUGUUUCUCUCCCCCAAAGCAGCGGCAAUGGCGUGCGACGUCGCUGCUGUCCAUUUCAGGGGCGACACGGCUAGGCUUAACUUCAGUGACGAUAUCCCGUUGCCCUCUAACGAUUCUUCGGGCAGUGCCCACUCCGCCGGCGCCUUCCCCUGAUCCUCCCACCUUUCUCUCUUCUAACAUUCCUCCUCAUCCCAUACCGACUCAGUACGACAUCUCUCACUCGCUUCUUCUUCACUAUGAGCUGAGUUCAGCAAGCUCAUUUGGAAUCAUGCAUCUUUAUUCUAUGGUUUAAACAUACUCUAGGUUCUCCCAUGCUACCUCGAGCUCGCUCGCUGCUCAAUGUACACAUGCCAUCGUCCCAUUCCAACUUCAAUCGAUCAUUGGGGAAAUUUGGAGGGAGAUAAAUAACACCAUUACAUGCCAUGGUCCUAUUCCAGUUACAAUCGAUCAUUUGGGAAAUUUGGAGGGAGAUAAAUAACACAAUUUUUCAGUAAUAUGGAAGCAUUGGUGAUCGUUAGUUCAAUAAUUUGUUCCAAUGGAGCUGUUGUUCUAUGUGUAGUUAAUUAGAAAGCUGUAGUGAUUUCUUGUUAGGGUGUGGCUCGUAUUGGUUAGGCAGUCGCACCAUCUAACAGCUUAUGUUGAUUUUGCUAAGGAGACUAGCAACCCUCCGCCAAACUCUGCCUACCAUGUUUGAAAUUACAGCCAUCUUUUGUGACUUUCCCCCUCCCAUUUGUGUAUAUAUAUGUGAUGUAUGUGCGUAAUUGAUAAUGGAAAGGUUAUGAGUUGUGUACUGUGGUGUGUGCAGAGAGAGGGAGUUGCAGAGUGCAGUGUGGUGGUGUGUAGAGUAGUGUGAGGCAAAGUGUGUGUUGUAGAGAGAGAGAGAGAGAGAGAGAGAGAGAAUGAAGUUGAGGGUAGUAGCCUCCUCUUCCUCCUUGUAAUUCUCCCGGUUAUAGUGGAUUGUGUGUGCUCCCGUGGACGUAGGUCAUAGUGGACCAAACCACGUAAAUCUGGUGUUGUAUUUGUGGUUGUGUAUUUUGCUUGUGUGAUUGUUGCUUGUAUCCACACCCCAACAAUUGGAAUGAGCGAGGUUGGAGCAAAAUUGCCAAAUCGAAGCAAAAUUCUCUGAUUGCAGUCUCUGCCCAGUAGCUCAAAACUCAAUUUUGAGGCCCCUAAAACAUUCCUCCCGUCGGGACAAAGCCAACAACAGUAAUCAGAACUCGAAUGGAGCUUAGAAGAGGCUGCACGCGCUCACACGUGCCACAAACGGCCAAAAGACAGUGCCACGCGUCCACAAGUGCCCAUGCGCCAAUAGGUGAUCUAUAGGGGGGCUCACGCGCCCUCAUGCGCUAGCAAGUGAUUGGAAGGUGGGAUCAUGCGCUCCCAUACACCGGCGAUCGUCUGGCGAGCGUAUGGAGGUCGAAGGUGUUGACGUCAGCAUCGAGUCAGCAAGCCACAUCAGCCGGGAUCCGCGACACGUCAGCAGCCGGUGAAGUAGUGCCAUGUUAGCCACCACAUUAGCAAGUGGGGCCUAUAGUGCGGCGCCAGCAAGUGGGCCCUACAGUGCAACGCUAGCAAACGGUGUCAAGUAACAACGUCAGUGAUAGUUAACAGUGUCAGGUAUAUUCUUUAACAGAGGGAAUAUUCCAUUAGGUUUAAUGGAGAGUUGACUAGAGUUUAACCGUUUUGACCAUUUGAUUGGGCUUUUUGAAGCCAUUUUGGGUUAGUUUUUGAACGAAUUGAACCAUUUCUAAGGUUUUCGACCGUUCCGGAGCUAUUGGCGCUGUUCGUUUUGUGAUAUUUGGAGCAAAAUGAUAAGUGUUGGCACUUCAAAAUUUGAGGUGGAGAAGUUUUAUGGGCAGAGCAACUUCAGCUUGUGGCAAAGCACAGUGAAUGAUAUUUUGGUUCAACAAGGCUUGAUCAAGCCAUUGAUUAGGAAGAAGUCCAAUGAUAUCAAAGAUGAUGAUUGGACUGAAUUGGAGAUGAAGACGGUCGGCACAAUCCGAUUGUGUCUGGCAAAUGAAGUUAAAUAUUCUGUGUUAGACAAAACCUCACCAAUAGAGGUUUUGAAGAAAUUGGAGCAAAGAUAUAUAUCAAAGUCCCUUAUUAAUAAGUUGUUUCUGAAGAAGAAACUUUAUCAACUCUGAAUGAACGAGGGAAGUAGUCUUUUUUAUCACACAAAUGAUUUUAAUAAGAUUUUGACCUAGUUAUUGAGCCUCAACAUGAAAAUUGAUGAAGAGAAUAAGGCGCUUCUACUUUGUCAUCUCUACCAGCUUCAUUUGAUGGUCUGGUAACUGCAUUGCUCGUGGGGAAGGAGAGGGGAAAGAAUUUAGAGAUAGGGAGAGCUUGGCAUGCAAGUCCUCGCAGAAAAUAUGAUUUUUGGCCUUAUAUAGAAUGCUUGUCCACCUGACCUCGUCGACGAGCUACGUCAUCUCGUCAACGAGUCCAAGCAGGGGCUUCGUUGACGAGUCGUCGACGAGUUUCAGGCCCUGAAAUUAGCCUUCUCGGUAAGUUCUCGUUGACGAGACACGAGUCCACGUCGGCGAGCUCAAGAAGGCUUCUCGUCAGCGAGCGCUCUGCGUUCAUCAACGAAGCCCUGCUCAGUCCCUUUUUAAAUUUUCCUUUAUUUCUUUAUUUUCUUUUAUUAUUUAAUUACUAUAAGUUUUUGGGUCUCUACACUCCCACUUCCACUCGAGGAUGCAGCGUGGCUACAAUGAUCACACCGGUCUUUGAUGCUCAGAUGUCACCUGCUGCCAUGUCAAACACUGCUUUACAUACUCAGUUAUCUUUUUCUUCAUGUUGCCCCACCAAAAUGACUCCCAAAGAUCCCUAUACAUUUUUGUGUUUCUCGAGUGCAAUGUAUAAAGGGAUCAAAUCGCUUCUUCCAAGAUAAUCCUCUUAAUCUUAGGUUCGACAGGUACACACAGCCUAGUACGGAACCUUAAGGCUCCAUCAUCUAAGAUACUAAACUCCGUCCGCUAUCCAUUCUACACUUUAUCCAUAAGCUUUACUAGUUCUACAUCACUCCUUUGAGCAGCUUUAAUUCUUUCCUACAAGGUAGGCUGUAAUACUAGGUUGGCAAUAAAUGCCUAGUGAUCACCCCCCAUCAGCUCCACACUGAACCUUUCUAAAUACAUCUGAAUCAGAUGCUGAAUCAUCCCUGCUGACACUGCUGCUCACACUGACUUCCGGCUCAAAGCAUCAACUACCAUAUUCGCUUUUCCUGGGUGGUAAUUGAUGGUGUAGUCAUAAUCUUUUAUUAGCCUUAGUCAUAGUUUAAUUCUUUUUGUGUGAAAAAGUAUUUUAGACUCUUAUAGUUGGUGAAAAUCUCACACCUACUCCCAUAUAAAUAGUGUCUCCAAAUUUUCAACAUGUAGAUUACCACUACUAACUCUAGAUCAUGACUAGGGUAAUUCUUCUCAUAUUCUUUCAGCUUUGGGGAGGCAUAUGCUACAACUCUCCCCUACUGCAUCAAAACACAUCCGAGCCCUUUGUGUGACGCAUCACAGUAAAUUACGAAACCCUCUUCUCUUAAAGGAAUCGUCAAAACUGGUGCAAUGAUGAGCCGCUGCUUUAACUCCUUAAAGCUCCAUUCACAUUCGUCGGUACAUUCAAAUUUCACACCUUUCCUGAUCAAUCUCAUAAAAGGACCUGGCAAUUUAGAGAAGCCCUCAACAAAUCUGCGGUAGUACCCGGCCAAUCCCAAGAAACUUCUGAUUCCCUACACAUUUUCUGGUCUUUUCCAAUCCACUACCGCCUUAAUUUUGCUUGGACCAACCGAAAUGCCAUCCCUGGAUACCACGUGUCCGAGGAAAGAAACUCACUCCAUCCAAAAUUCAUACUUUUUGAACUUUACAUGCAACUUCUUUUCCCUCAGUACCUGAAGUACUAUCCUCAAAUGUUCCUCGUGCUCUUUAGGGCUCUUUGAAUACACCAAAAUAUCAUCUAUAAAAACUACUACAAAUUGAUCUAGGUACUGAUAAAAAACCCUAUUCAUUAGGUCCAUAAACACGGCAGGAGCAUUUGUCAUACCAAAUGGCAUAACCAAAAACUCAUAGUGGCUAUACUGAAUUCAAAACACUGUCUUGGAGAUAUCCUCUGCCUUGACUCUCACUUGAUGGUACCCAGAGUGUAGAUCAAUCUUAAAAUAGAUCUAUGUCCCCUGGAGCUAAUCGAAUAAGUCAUCUAUACAGGGAAGAGGACACUUAUUCUUAAGUGUUACUUUAUUUAUUUCUUUGUAGUCGAUACACAUCCUCAUUGUCCCAUCUUUCUUCUUUACAAACAAAACUGGCGCUCCUUAGGGCGAUACACUGGGUCUGAUAAAUCUUUUAUCUAAUAAGUCUCGUAACUAAUCUUUUAACUCUCUCAACUCUAUUGGAGCCAUUCUAUAAGGAUUUUUAGAAAUUGGUGCCGUCCCCGGAAGCAAAUUAAUAGCAAAGUCAAUUUCACGGUCGGGAGGCAAUCCCGGUAGCUCCUCUGGAAAGACAGCUGAAAAUUCCUUCACCACUGGAAUAUAUGUAAGUUUCAAUUCUUUCUUUGGCACUUCCUUUACACAAGCUAUAUACCCCUGAUGUCUGUCUAGGAGUAGCCUCCUCGCUUGAAUGGCUAUAGGGACUCGAAUCCGAAAAAAUAAAUAAAGAAAGAGAAGGAAAAUUAAAAAAUGAUAAAUCAGCAGAGCUCAUCGACGAGGUAAUGUUCACGGCCAUGAGCGACCUUCUUCGGCUCAUCAACUAGAACUCCGACUCGUUGGCAAGGCUUGCCAGGUCAACCUUGUUUAUAAAUAUCAUUUAGUUGCUUAAUGAAGAAGAAACUCAAUUCUCUCUCUUUCUCUCUAGGAACGAACCAGCCCUCUCUCUCUCUAAGAUUCUGUGUCGUCUGUUGUUGUAAUCAACAAUUCGACAUCACUAUGUGGGUUAAGAGGAGAAUCUCUACAGUUAUAGCGGAUCAAAUUUUCUAUCUGAGGAUUUUCGGGUUUUUCCCUAAAAUCAAGGUAAGGGUCCGAUUUCGUUUUUGAUUUUGUAGUUAUGUAGUAGUCAAAAUUAUAGUGAAGUAAUAAUCUUCGGUUUUUAGGUUUCGGGGAUCCCGGGUCGUUGUUUUAGAUCGAUCCGUUCGUGUUUCGAUUUUUGGUAUUAAGGUAAGGGGAUUUGUUUACAUUAGGUAUUUUUAGAAAAGGAAACCACAGGAUAUGUAGCUUAUGUUUAUAUGUACUUAUUUAUUGCUUAUUUGCAAAGUUGUACCAGGUAUAAAUGUCGAUUCUUACGAUUUUUCACAAUUUUAUGAUUUUUCAAAUUUCUUAAACUACUUUAUUUGCACUAAAACUAAAGUAGGAGAUACUUGAAACUCUUAUUAGUAGCAGAAACGAUAUUUUACGAACCAGUUUAUAUGAAAUGUAUAUAUAUGAGCAAA